AUGGAUCAAAUAACAAAUAAGGAGCUGAUGAAAAAGAUCAAUAUGAAAUUAAAAUCAGCAGUUACAGUUUAUGCAAAAAUACAAAUAGUGAAUUACUUACUCAAUUCCACUCCUGAGUUUAUAGACAUGUUUGGAUGGACAGGCUCAAUGAAGAUGAUUACUUAAUAUUUAAAAGAGGCUUUGAAAUGCAUUUAGGCUAAUGAAGAACUGAUUGAUAAAAUAUUUAUGUUGUUGUUGAAAAUGAAUUUAAAUGAUGAAAUGCUGAAAGAAUCUGAGAUGGGACAGUUGUUAAUCAAAAUAAAGGAUAAAAGAUUAUUAGAAGAUUAAAAAGUAAGUGUGAAUGAUCAAAUUCUAUAAAAAUGGUUGAAAAUUAAGGCAAGAUAUAGGAGUACUUUGGAAGAUUUCAAAAAAAACAACAAUUAAAAGGAUAAAUACGAGGAACGCAAAAAAAAAGUGAAAAGAAAUUUAUCAUCAAGUUCUAAUGAAUCAUCAAACAAAAAGAAAAAGAAUAAAAAGAAAAAUGUUCGAUUUGCAAGAGAAGACUUUCUCAUGAAUUACAAGUUUUUUAAAAGAGACGAUGAACCUAAUCAAAGAGGAAUGACCAUAGAGGAAGUGGUUACCUUCCAAAAAUAAUAUGCGGGAGAAUUAAGAAGACUAUAUCAAAUUAAUGGUUAUGAUAUAAAGCACAGGGAAUCCAUGAUGGAAGGACAAGAACACAAAUUAUAAUUAGAUAAUAUCCAACAAAUGAUAGAAUAAAUUCCAUUUAUUAAGCCUCUGAGUAAGCUAUUGAACCUAUUAGAAUUACGACACACUUUUCUUAUUCCUUAUGACACCAAUUUCAAAGAGACUUAGAAACAAUAAAUGAGAACCGAGUCCAAAAUGUCAGCGUUCUACACCAGAGACGUAAAUAUUUCUACAAACUUUAAUCUCUAGUAGAUUCCUGACUAACCUGGGUAUAAUGAAAUCUCUAAUACUUAAGCAGGAAUGCAAUCCAGAAUCAUUCAUUUAGAUCCACCAAAGAGGGAAGACCUUAUGUUUAUGGUUCAAAUCAUUUGCGAUCGAGGAUUCACUGAGCUAGAAUAAAAGCACAAGAAUGCUAACACAAAAUAAAUCAAAGGCAUUUUGAAGAAACCCCAAGAGGAACAAUCCAAAUAAAAGGAUGUUAUGUUGAAUCAGGCUAAGCAGGAUCUCCAACCCAAGAUGUAACAAUUGGUUCAGAUGGUUGAGCAGAAACAAAACCAUAGCCAAGAAAGCAUUCUCACUUUAUUACAUGAUAUUAUAUAAAAAUUAAAGGAAAUUGGUGAGGAAUAAUAUAUAAAAAAUUUUAAAUCAUUCCUUGAAACUAAGUUGAAUGACAAAUAAUCAAUCAUAACUGAAUAAGAACGCAUUAAAUCUCAAUAGGAAUAAUAGAGAACUCGAAUUGAAUAAUUAUAAAGCAUUAAUCCCAUACAGGCUCAGAGAUUAAGAGCUUACAAAACCAAGCAUUGUCACAAUUUUCAUUCCCCUAUUGGAUGUACAAGAGGAGAUAAUUGCAAUUUCAUUCAUGACUCUCGCUACCCUGGAAGACCUGCUCCAAUUCUUCAAUAACCCAAUUUCCUAAACAAAACCCUCUAUCCCUAGCCAUUUAUGCAAUUAAAUAUUCCUCCUCUACUCAGAUAGCUAAGUCCUGCCUUUCUGCUUGGAAGGCUAAAUAAGUACGAUAGUUUAUGAGUUGAUAUUUAUUAAAAUACAUUUAAUAUGCUAAUUUAAACUUCCAUCAA